GCACCAGAACAGCACCAACCAAAGGUCUCCCACUCCACCGUGUUGCUUCUAUCCGACGCCAGAUCGACGGGAUCUGACUGAACCCAAACACUCACUUCGAUUAGAUUAUUUAUUUUUUAAAAAAUAUAUUUUUGUUUUCGAACAGUUUUUAGGUUGUUUUAUUAUCGUUUUACGACUUAUUUUGUUUUGUCGGCGACGACCGAGACAAUCACUCGAAAGUCGAAACCUUGGCCACUCUGAAGAUCAUCUCGUGGUCUUGUCCGAAGAGAAUUUAUUAAUCAUUCAACACAGAAGAUUUUGAAAGAAUUGAUAAGACCGUGUUUGCAUCGGAACUUAGGGUUGGGUGAUUUCCUUUCCUUGUUCCUUUUUUGUUUUCUAAUGCUAUUUUCUGGAGUUCCUUUCCACAAUGCCAAAGGCUUCUUGGACGCCUCGAAGUUCUGCUUAUCUGAACGCUCUCUCUCGGGAAAUCCACAAGAAGCUCCAGAAGGCACCAGCUUCUCCAUCGCAAAGGCUCAACUUGUUGCAGGAGUUGUUUGCUGAUGUUGCAUUGGAGGUUGACGAUCGAGCCAAAGAUAUAAUUCUCAGCAGAGAAGAAGACCGUCCUGCGGACGACGGCGGCGACGGUCCACUCUGUUUCUAUGGUGUGCUUGCUGAUUAUUAUGUUAGGGUGCCUGAGAGUGGAAAACCCAUCCUGAAUUUGCUUGUUCAAUUAUGGAGCCAGUCCUUUGCAUCUCAUAUCUUUGCACUUCUGUUUCACAAAUGGUUGUUUGAAGUGGAACUUGACAAUUCCGAAGUCCUCCUCCGUUACUCAUCUGCUCUUGUUCAAGGUGCUACAAAUGUUUUCUGGAUUGACAUCCAAACAAAUACAAGGCGUUUUCAAUCUCUAUUUCGUUAUCUACUUGAGGAAGUGGUCUUGGAGCCAUCACGGUUAAACAAAAUCCCUGUACAGGCCCAACGAGACCUAUAUCUUUUACUUUCAAGGUUUAUAUUAUUUUAUAACUCAGUUGACAAGCUUGAGAGCUUCCUGAAGCAAGUCCCUGCCUUCCCAAACGCCUUCUUGGUUGGUGGUCCGGAUGAUUUUCUUGUUAUUGAGCUUGCAGACCAGCUUCAGAAGUUAAAGGUAGAACCAGUACUAUUGCACUAUCUUUCACAAAUAAAAUUUCUCCGAGGCAUGGAAUUGAGAAUGACCACAAGUGCACGGUUGAAAAGUUGUUUGUACAGCUUCACUUCUCCUGGAGGUCCAAUGUAUCCCACUAGAGCAGUCCGUCAUGCUGCCUGGGAUGCAUUGGAUUUACUUUUCCCGGUUGGCCAAUACCCUCGGCAUCUUAUAAGCCUGUUCUUCAGGCUGCUUUAUCCAUGGUAUUGGCCUUCUUCUUGUUGGAACUUCAUACUGUCUUGCGUGAAGGCUAUAUUGUACUCCCUGUUAGGGCUGGUCUUCUCCUUUUGGGAGAAGCUGAUGAAGCCGAAGAGUCACUAUUCUUAAAUUUUCAAUGUAAUACCCUGUUGUAAAGGUCAUAAUACGAGCGUUAUUUUUGUUUUU